AUGAAUAGUCCUAAUAAUGACGCUAAUAAUAAUGAUAAAAAUAUAAAUGGAAGUGACUGUCUGCCUCCCUUGCUUACGUUCGUGCCGGAUCAAAGUCAAAACACUCAGGACAGGAGUGCCCCAGAAUAUACGACAACUACAAAAUUCGCACUGGCACAGACAGGGGAACCAAACAUUGAAGAGGCGGGGAAGCCCGCCGCUAUCGAGCUAUCAUUAUUAAAGACCCAAAUAGAGCUGCAAUCCACUGCCAUAAACCUCAUUGGCAAUAAGGUCAAGCAUGUGGAGAACGAGGUAAAUAACCAUGACUCUGGCGUAAAUGACGUUUUGGCAAAUCUCACCUCGACAGUCAAGAACCUCAUGCACAAUCAACAUGUUCUUGAAAACAAAUUCGAAGACCUACUUAGAAAUCAAUCCAACACAGAUUCUGUCGUAAACUCACUUUUCGACAAAAUAGAUCAGGUUUCGCAGUUUCUCACUAAAGCUGUGAAAAACAAUAGUUUAGCCUCUGCACCAGUGCAGCCUGUGCAUAGGGGUCCAGGAAGGCCGCCAAAAAACAGAAAUAAUUUAACGAAUGUCAUAGCAGCUCUGUCGGUCACGAAUAAAGAGACUCUGCCCAACGGCACCAUAACUGUAGCCAAAAACAAAAGGUACUUUGUUGAUCCUGAUGAACAAAAUCUGACAGAAGAACAGACUCCCAUCCAGGCCAAAGCUGCAAAGAAACCUCCUCCUAACGCAGAUCCGAACGCUCCACCUGUUAAAAAAAGAGGCCCAGGUAGGCCACCCAAAAGAAAGCACCAUUGGGCAAAGAAAGCAGAGGUUGCUGCCCAAUCAGCUCCUUCAUCACAACCAAACUCUGCUGAUGGGGAUGCUACAUUAAAAGUGGAGCCAAAGGACCUAGAUAGAGAGAACUCGCCAGAAGUUCCCGCUAGUGACGCGAGCGUACCACAUGAGGGAUCUGCAUCACUAAGCGAGUCAAAUUUCAUGACAGAUCAAGAGAAGCAGGAAAAUGGGAAACAAUCUCCCUCUCAGCCGAAGGCUGUAAGGCAGAAUGAGCUUGAACGUCGACGUGACUCCCGCGAGCAAAUGCUAGUGUCAAUGAAAUACAGUGACCGCGACAAGGCCAAGUCUUUCAUGGAAUCAAAUAAAGAUUUAUUAAAAGCGAUGAGAGAUGAUGAACGAAAGAAAAGAAUGACCGCUUUUAUUUAUGAGAACCAAUCUAAUGGAGGUACACCUAGUACCACCACCGCCAACACGCCAUCUCCAAGAUCUUUGUCUUCUACGCGUAAUGGGCAAAGCUCACAACAACUUGUCUCAAGUCAAUAUUCAGUAUCCAGUGAUGCGGCGAAUAAGGAAGUUGAAGAAACAGCACAAGAGGAAAUGACCGAUGGUGAAUCAUUUCCUGAAGAUCAUGAAACGGCCACCCCACCAUCAGUAUCAGAGCUCACCGCUGAGCCAAUUACAGAGCCAUUAUCAUCUUCUAUGUUAAAUCAUUCCGAAGUUGCUACCCCGCUUCCUACAAUACCCCCAAGGAAGGUAGGUAUCAUGUCAAUGCUGAACAAUGAUGAAGAAGAAGAAGUCAUGCCUCAAAAGAGGAAGUUACCCGAAAUAUUCAAAAGUAACUCCACUGCCGAAAAUGCGAGGAAGAAAGAGAAGUUAGAUGAUGAUUAUAAACGUGAUUUUCGAUCCAUGAUUCCAAUGCUACCCGAAAAGAAAGAUAACAGAGGGCGACCCGCCAAUAGCAGUAGCAGCGGCGACAAUUCGACUGCGCUUCUAUUGGCAUCUCCCAUUGAACUGAUAUGCCGUGAUGGAUAUUUUUACCGGAGAUCAGACCCACAGACACCUAUUUCAACGGGAGCAUAUUUGGAAUUUAAAUUCAAAUCAAAAGAGGAUGAACUCAUUCGUUUAACUAUGAAUGAAGAGGAUUACGCGGAGCUUACAAGACAGGACCGGAUCAAUGCCUAUUUUUUAAAGCCUGAUAUAGAGAUUGAAACUGAUUUUGCGAGCUCAAUACUGAGCAAGAUAACGUUGACGGAGAAGUACGUGAAUAGUUUGGAAUACUUUCUAAUGGAGUUUCGUUGGGAAAACAAAUUGGUCGGACUUGGUUUAAAGCUUCGAGAAUCCAAGAGAACUUGGCAAAGACGUAAAGCCUUGUUCGCCCUUUUCGAAUUCUGGAGGGAUAAAUCCAGAGAAAAGAGAGGGUUUUCUGCUUUUACUAUUUUGCAUGCGGUCAAAGAGAUGGAAAACUACAGAAUCUUCAUCAACAGAUCAGUCUCAUGGUUUUACAACCACAUUACUUUAUUGAAAAUGAUUCUCUUUGAUCUAUGUGAUAAUACGGACACACAAUGGCGCGAGUGGAUGUUCCCCAAAGGUGAGCCCCUUCCAGUUCUUGGAGAUGGUGUAACUGAAGAUAAUAUUAAUGAAGCCAUUGACAACGUGCUUACCUUGGACUUCCUCGAAGAUGGUACAGAGAACCGCGAGGUAAAACCCUCAGUGACUCAGGUAACGACAACCGAUAACUUGAACAUGUAA